GCUCUGCUCCACUCUUCUUCCCACACACACUCACUCUUCUUCACCUUGUCUUCAUCGAUGUCAGCACCCACGACCCACCGACUCAUCAAGGAGAAUCAGAUGUCUGGCAUUGCCAUUCAGGAUUGGUCUGUGCUCUCCUACAAGACCUCGAUUCUCAACUCUCAGGAAAUCGACGUGGCGACGGCAGAUCUGGGUAUUCCAAUCCCAGAGAUGAUCUUUGGAAACAACUAUCUUUCAGUCGAGCACAAGUCUGGCUUCAAACUCGAGUUCAAGGCCCUACCUGCGCUGGCUAUGGUCGAUCAAUCCACAAAGACCAGCGAACUCAUCAAAGUCUCCUACGCACGCGAGUGGUUCGAUAAGCGCAGCAUGGCGAACCAAGAACAUAUUACGGACGUGGUCAAGCCGUACGAUUGGACAUAUUCGACCAAGUAUGCGGGUACGAACCUGAGUAGUCCAGAGCACCCACAAAUGCAAUUCGUCGAGACGAAGGAUAAGAGCGAGUGUAUCGAUAUCGAACAGCUCAAACGACCAGAUCCAAUUCUGUUUUAUGAUGAAAACAUCCUUUUUGAGGACGAGCUCGCCGAUAACGGAACCGCCGUCUUGACCACCAAAGUGCGAGUGAUGCCAUCGUGUUUCCUGAUUCUGUUACGCUUCUUCUUACGCGUUGACGACGUGCUCUUCCGGAUUCACGAUACCAGGAUCUACCACCGUUUCGGAAUCAACACUGUCAUCCGAGAAUGCUCCACCCGAGAAUCUUCUUACCGGGAUACUCGCGCCAAAAUUCCAAGGUCGAAGGGCGAAGAUUUAUCACUGCUAUUGGAUUCGAAUUGGGUCUCAUCCCAGCUUCCAGAGCUGUCUUCACGGGUCGAAGUAGCACAGUUGGAGCUAGAAUAAAGAAAACAAACAUCACGCAUUUGGAACAGACACAAUUCGUUCAGAAAUGCAUUGUUCUGCCAUAUGUACAUAC